GCGUCCAAUAAUGACUGGGGGAUCCCUGCGAGUAACAUGACCAAAAAGAAGCGGGAGAAUCUGGGCGUCGCUCUAGAGAUCGAUGGGCUGGAGGAGAAGCUGUCACAGUGUCGGAAAGACCUGGAAGCUGUAAACUCCAGGCUCUGUGGGACGGACCUGAGCCCAGAGGCCAGGAAGUCUCUGGAGAAGGAGAAAAACAGCCUGAUGAACAAAGCCUCUAACUAUGAGAAGGAGUUAAAGUUGCUUCGGCAGGAGAAUCGGAAGAACAUGCUGCUCUCUGUGGCCAUCUUUAUUCUCCUGACCCUCAUCUACACCUACUGGACCAUGUGAGCCUGAGACUUCUCCACGGUCAGCACGGGGUUCCUCCUUGGCCCCCUGGUCACAACCAAGCAGGCCCUUCAAGCCUCAAGACACCCAAGGUACAGGCGCAUUUCUCCCCGACCCCGACACUCGAUCAGGGCUGCCAGCCCAGCCCCUCUUCACUCCUGGUCCUGCUGUGGGGCCUGGGUCUCCAGAAGGACUUUGUGCUGAUUCCCCUCUCAGCCCAAGGGAGAGGCAAUAAAGAACAGCCAGGCUGCUUCUGUCUGCUGAGUAAA